CUUGUUUUAGAAGCUUAAACAAUCUACCCAUUCUUACUUCAUUACUUUCAUUUUUUUAUUGUUUGGUUUGUACCUGUAUAAAGAAAGGUAAAGUCAUUGAUAUAAUAAGAUGGAUUUCAAUCCUGCUCUCAUCAUUGUAGACAUGCAAAACGAUUUUGUAACACCAGAAUUUGCAGGCCAUCUUCCCGGUGCUACUUCUAUUAUUCCUAACAUUAACGAACUCUUGAGCGAUAAUUUCAAAUGGGACUAUACUGUUGCAACAAAGGAUUUGCAUCCUGCUGACCACGCAUCGUUUCGGACUUCUCAUGGGCCUUCUGUGAAGCCCAAAGGGACUGUUAUUGAAAUUAAUGCCCAUGGAAAAACAUAUAAACAACAACUUUGGCUAAGCCAUUGUGUGAAUGGUACUGCAGGUGCCGAGUUUCAUCCAGACCUACGAAUGGAUAAAGUUGAUUUCAUCCUUCCUAAAGGAACGGAUACCCUCGUAGAGUCCUAUUCUGGAUUUUACGAUGCUAUUGGUAGAGACAAUGGCCUGAAGAAAAUGCUAGACGAACGUAAUAUUACCGACAUUUUUGUUGUCGGCGUUGCCGGUGACGUUUGUGUUCGUGAUACAGCUCUUCAUGCGAAGGAGCAUUAUCGAACAUAUGUUAUUGAAGAUGGCAUCUGUAUGUCUACAGAAGAAAGCGGCCAAAAGACCUUGCGUGAAUUUCACGAUGCUGGAAUCUCACUUAUAAAGAUGAAUGAUCCGUUACUGGAGUUUGUGAAAAACCGCACUAAAUCAUCUAAUUAGUUUACGAUGAUUAUUGUCCUAUAUUAAAAUACUGUUGAACUUUUCUAAAAUUCGCUCCUUUUUUAACCGAGAAAGACAUAACUAUUUGCACUCACAUGCUCUGCCGUCGGGUGUGCCUCAUAGGACAUUCGGUGAAAUCCCCUCGAGGAGUUUGGUGAUAGUACAAUAGAAUUAUCUCCCGAAUCGUAUAAUGCUGCGUCCACAAAGCUUGCCUCUCGUUCCAUUGGCAAAGCGUACGCAGGAAGAAUUUGAAGCGGCAUCUUUACGCAAUUAAAUGUCCUAAAAUCGUUAGUUUCUUCUAUUUAUUUAUUCGCUUUUCUUGUUGAUUACCUUAAUCUGGAUCCAAUUGAAAUUUGUAAUAUGUAUUCUACCUGAAAGUCAGAUCCAACGUUUAUUGUCGCUUCUCUGUCCGGAAUCCGAAUUUGACAUUCCAUUGUAUGUGUACCCAAAGUAUCGAUUCCUUUCCAGUUAUAGUAGUUAUUCUUCCUUCUCUCAUUAAUCACUUCCUUUUGUACACAAAUCCAAGUUUCUUUACGAAUAGAAUUACGUUUUUUUGCUCGCGACAAUGCAUCUGGUUGGUAUCUUUUACCUAGCGGUCCUCGAAAUAUGGUAAUGCGUUUGAAGAGGGAAAGGUUCACAUAUUUGAUUUCGUAAUCACCAUAAUUUUCCACUUUAAUAUUCGCAUUAAUCCGUUCUCCUCCGAGCCAUUCAGAUCUUGGAAGUCUGACUGUUAUCCCAUUGGCAGUAUUAUGCUUGCAUAAUCCAAGUUUUGUUCUUGGUUUACUGACACACAUUAAUGGCGGUGAUAACAAGAAAGUAGAUGAAAGAACCCUAGGAAGGACGUUGAUUUCUUGACAUUCUCUUACCUUUUUUACUUUAUCCCCAUAUUGGUAAAUCGCAUUGCUUCUCUGGUUAGUCUUUUCUCAAUUAGCCCAGAUCGAAAAGUACGUACGCAAAAAUAUAAUAGUUUAUAUUGAACUGUGGUGUGGAUUGUCUUCCAGGUCCCACUUGCCCGUAAAGUUCCAUUUGAAAAGCUACUGGUAUACCUUGAGUAUGCUGAAUAUCAAUCAAAUAAUCUCCUGUUGUGUUCCUUGAGUGUUCUGCCAAUUCGUUUGGAACAGUAAACUUUCGAUCCAUUAUGUUCUUUCCUGUACAGUAAAAUACUGUUGGAUGUCCCUGUUUACACUGGCUGAUCCCGAGAAUCUGAGUUUCAAUUCGUAUUAGUCCAAUCGGUCGCUCCUUUGGCUUAACAGCUAAGUGUAUCAGUCCAUUCAACUCAGAUUCUUGGAAAAAUAUUGGAGAAUCAAAUUCGAAAGUUAAUACAACCUCUGACGACUUGAGCUUGGACGAAGACGUUAGGUCGUAGAUGACUUCCUUGGCCGCAUAAUUCGCUGUAGAACAUGUGAUUAUUGUUUCAUUUUUUCUAUGAAAUAAUUGAUUAUUCCUUUUAAUGAUUUUCAUCGCGUCAAACAGGUAGUUUGUUCUGCCUAAAACACUGUUUGUUUACUUAUUCACGAGUCCUCGAGUUUAUAUUCCUACUGACCUCGGAAAAACAAACGGUAUUAGAACAACAAAAAACAACUAUCAAAUGCUAUUAGCUCAACUUAUUAAUGUUUAUUUCUAUCGGAAACUCAAAAAAAUAUACCCGGAUAAUAAUAUAAGCAUUAUUUCCCGGUUCUUUAUUCUGUCAUCAUAUGUAGUAGUCGAGUAUAUACAAGAUUCCACAAUAUCAAUAAAACAGAUAGCAGCAUAA